AUGGCGGACAUUUACGAGAUCGAAGACAUCGACGGUGUUCGUUUCAACUGGAACGCAUUUCCUGUCACCAGGCAAGAGGCCGAGAAUAUGGCUGCUCCAGUGGGAUGUUUAUAUACCCCGUUGCUUGCCAGAGAAGACCUUCCGAUUGCCACUUAUGAUCCGCAAUUAUGCAGACGAUGCCGUGCAGUUUUGAACGUUUUCUCCCAAAUCGACCUGGGAUCCAAAACGUGGACAUGUACUUGUUGUAUGUCCCGCAACCCACUCCCUGUGCAUUAUUCCAACAUUUCUGCUGAGAACUUGCCUAUUGAAUUGACCCCUCAGGCUUCGUCCAUCGAAUACGUGCUUACAAAGACCCCUUCCCCUCCUCCUCCAGCUUUCAUCUACGUUAUCGACUUGUGUCAAGAGCCAGAAGAUUUGCAAGCAUUGAAGGAUCUGCUGAUCACCUCGUUGUCUCUGCACCCACCGGGAUCUCUCAUUGGUUUGAUCACUUUCGAUUCCGUGGUAAAUGUUCACGAAUUGAACUUUGAUUCCUGCUUCAAAAAAUACAUCUUUAGCGGAAACAAAGAGUACGAGUCCCAGGAAGUCCAGAAACAGCUGGGAAUCCUUGGAAACGGUUCUAAAAACUGGAUCCAACAGUUCGAAACCGGAGGAACUAUCGGCAAGUUCCUGUUGCCUUUGAGCGACCCCGAUGCCGAGUUCCAGAUCACAAGAGCCAUCGAGUCCUUGGAAAUCUCCAAGUGGACCGUCGAGCCAGGCCACAGAGCUAUCAGAGUCACCGGUGCGGCACUCAGCAUAGCUUCGUGUUUGGUGGAAGGCUCUUUCUUGCAAGGUGCUGCCAAAGUGACACUUUUCGCAGGAGGUCCUUGUACUUUUGGACCAGGAACCAUUGUCGGCACAGAGUUGAAAGAACCAAUCAGAUCCCACAGCGAUAUUGACAAGGGUACAGCCAAGCAUUACAAAAAGGCCGUGGCUUUCUACAAGAAACUCACCACAAAGGCCACCCAAUUAAAGAAGGACGUUAAGGAUAAAUUCUUUGACCCUCAAUCAUCAGCAACCUUCAGUGUCGAUAUCUUUGCCGGAUGUUAUGAUCAGACAGGUAUCUACGAAAUGAGAUCGUUGAGCAACCAGACUGGAGGUACCAUUGUGGUGACCGACUCGUUCCAGACCUCGAUCUUCAAAAACUCAUUCUUUGCAUGCUUCAACAAGGACGACGAGGGCUAUCCUUUCAACUACUUUGACGGGUCUUUGGAGGUGUUCACUUCUCAAAGAUUGAAGGUCGCCGGAGUUGUUGGUCUUGCCACCUCGUUGAAGAAAGAAGGAAAGAACGUGGCCGAUAUCGAGGUUGGUCACGGUUUCACCAACAAAUGGGGUCUUCCUUCUGUGUCUCCAAGACACACGUACGGUAUAUUUUUCGAUAUGCAAACUGUUGGGGCUGCUGAUCAGCGCAAUUCCUCAGUUCCUGAGGUCCACAUCCAAUUCCAAACUACCUAUAGACACACCAACGGUACUGUGCGGAUGAGAGUGACCACUUUGAGCAGAUUGACAUCCAAUUCCACAGAGCUGUCCAACACAUUUGACCAAGAGGCAGCUGCUGUGUUGUACGCAAGAUUGAUUGUUCACAAGCUUGAAAACGGUGGUGAAUAUUCCGAUCUACUUAGAUGGAUCGACAAGUCUUUGGUCAAACUGUGUACCGUUUUUGGAGACUACUCUAGAAACGAUCCAAACUCAUUCAGACUGUCGUCCAAAUUUUCUCUGCUUCCGCAGUUCAUCUACCAUUUGAGAAGAUCGCAGUUCUUGCAGGUGUUCAACUGCUCACCGGACGAGACUGCUUUCUACCACCACACGCUUUUGAGAACCGAUGUAAGAGACUCCUUGGUUAUGAUCCAGCCAACUUUGGUGAGAUUCAUGGCUGACGGGUCCGAGCCGGAGCCGGUUCUGCUAGACUCUGCAUCUCUCAAGCCGGACGCUGUAUUGUUACUCGAUGCAUUCUUCUACACUGUCAUUUACUUUGGUAACAUCGCUGCCGACUGGAGAGACAGAGAAUAUCCAAGAGACGAAUAUCCUGGAGUUUAUGAUAUGAUUGACAAGUCUAAAGAGGAGGCCGCGUCGCUUAUUGCGGACCGGUUCCCUCUUCCUAGAUACGUUACAUGCGAUGAGGGCAAGUCUCAAGCCAGAUUUUUGUACUCCAAGCUGAACCCAUCCGAAAACGACAACAGCGAGGCGACAGGCGGCGGAAUGAAGGGAUACGUUGCCGAUAGCGAUCCGGGAAGCACUGUUGUGCACACGGAGGAUGUUAGUUUGAAGACGUUCUUCCAGCACCUUGCCAAGUUGGUGGUGAACAACUCGGUGUCCUAA